AUGACACAACUCGACCAUGUUGUUACGCUAAAUAUUCCUUUUGAGACUGCCCGACAAGCAUCCAUUGCAUGUAAAAGCAUUUCUGUGGAUCCAGUCUUGAAGAAAGAUGAGAUUUCUGUUGAUUACGAAGCUGUGGAGAAUAUCAUGAAGUGCACAUUUGCUGGAGUUUCGGACAGAGUGAUCAGAGUUGCUAUUAGCAAUGCUAUAGAUAAUAUCAAGACCAUUGUGGAAUGCAUGGAUGAGUUUGAUGGACAAGAGGCUAAGCAGUUUGAAUAG